AUGUCCAUGUUCAACCCCCUUCUAAACCCUGCACUCAGACCACCAGGUCCCAGGCAGCCGGGACGCAUGCCAGGAGGUGCGCGGGGUGGGGGCGAGAGAGCCCCAGCCUCAGCUCUCCGCCCCCGGCCAUCCCCCCCCAGCAGCCCUGAGCUAGGAGAACGUGGGGGCCGAGGGCGCCCCCGCCGGCCCCAGACCCUAGUAGAGCCAAAGGACACUGCCCCGGGGGAGGGGGUGGGGGUGCCCGCAGCAGGGUCAGAGGCGGCCGGAGGGCGGCGGCCGGGGCACGCGGAUUGGCCCGAGGGGCAGGUCCUCGGCGGUGGCGAGCUAGGCGGCGGCUCCGGCGCAACCCUGCAGCCCCGGACGGCGGGCGGCGACAGAGUCAGCGGCAAGGGGAAGCGGUGCGCCGGCGUUGGGGCGUCGGCCUGCGCCCGCCAGUGGGCACCGACCCGGACCCGCGCUGCGCCGCGCUCCUCGGGGACCUCGCGAGCGGCCGGAGCCUGGCGCUCGCCUCCAGGAAGCCGCGGGUCGGCGCUCGCCCUCGAGGGAGCCGGGACCUCUGCCGACUGA